UCCCGGCCUCCUCCUCGCCCCAGGCAGGCCCUGCCGGCUCCCGGCCCCGCUCCGCUGCGGCGCGAGGUCUAUGUGACCGGACCGGCGGGCCCGGAGCAGCCGCCGCCGCCGCAACGCGAACAUGGACGCCGUCAACGCCUUCAACCAGGAGCUUUUUUCACUUAUGGAUAUGAAACCUCCCAUCUCUAGAGCCAAGAUGAUUCUGAUUACUAAAGCUGCUAUUAAAGCUAUUAAGCUUUAUAAGCAUGUUGUUCAGAUAGUAGAAAAAUUCAUCAAAAAGUGUAAACCAGAAUACAAAGUUCCAGGAUUAUAUGUUAUCGAUUCCAUUGUGAGACAGUCUCGACAUCAGUUUGGUACUGAUAAAGAUGUUUUUGGGCCAAGAUUUUCUAAAAAUAUAACUGCUACAUUCCAAUAUUUAUAUCUCUGUCCAUCUGAAGAUAAGAGUAAAAUAGUUCGUGUGCUAAAUCUUUGGCAAAAAAAUGGAGUAUUCAAAAUUGAAAUUAUUCAACCUCUUUUGGACAUGGCAGCAGGAAGCAGUAAUGCUCUUCCCAUAGCAGAAAACGUCACCAACAAUGAAGGGUCACCUCCUCCCCCAGUAAAAGCCUCUUCUGAACUUGUACAAGCACCCAGCAACUCCAUGCCUACUGUCCCACAGUUGCCCAGCUCUGACGCCUUCGCUGCUGUGGCUCAGCUCUUUCAGACCACUCAAGGCCAGCAGCUUCAGCAGAUCCUUCAGACUUUUCAACAGCCUCCAAAACCACAGUCUCCCGCCCUUGACAAUGCUGUGAUGGCCCAGGUUCAGGCUAUCACAGCUCAGUUAAAGACAGCUCCUACACAACCACCUGAACAAAAAGCCGCUUUCCCCCCACCUGAACAAAAAACUGCAUUUGACAAGAAGCUGCUCGAUAGGUUCGAUUAUGAUGAUGAACCAGAAGCCAUGGAAGACACAAAGAAAGAGGAUGCUGCUGUCACUGCUGCAGCCCCUGCUGCUGCUGCUGCUGCUGCUGCUGCUGCUGCUGCGCCUCCCACAGCCUCCGUGGCCACCCCGGCUAUCGCUCCUGCCGUGGCAGUACCCUCUGCCGCCUCACCCCCUCCCCCACAGGUGCCAUUUGGUUAUCCUGGGGACGGCAUGCAGCAACCAGCCUAUACACAGCAUCAAAAUAUGGAUCAGUUUCCACCUCGGAUGAUGGGGAUGCAGCAGGACACAGUGCACCAUCAGGUUCCACUUCCUCCUAAUGGACAGAUGCCAGGAUUUGGACUUCUCUCAGCAUCUCCAUUUCCUCCUGUGCCACAGCCUGGGAUGCCACAGCCUGGGAUGCCGCAACCCGGGAUGCCGCAGCCCGGGAUGCCGCAGCCCGGGAUGCCGCAGCCCGGGAUGCCGCAGUCUGGGAUGCCGCAGCCCGGGAUUCCUCCAACCCCACCAGUACAACCAACUUUCCAACCUACUUUUCAGCCACAAAAUGAGCCGCUUUCACAAAAGCCACAUCAGCAGGAAAUGGAAGUAGAACAACCUUGUGUCCCGGAGGUUAAGCGGCAUGCACCUGAGAGCAGAAAGUCAAGAUCUAGGUCAGCAUCCAGGUCACCAAAAAGGAGAAGGUCUAGAUCUGGCUCCAGGUCUCGGAGAUCCCGCCACCGACGGUCUCGGUCCCGGUCGAGGGACAGGCGCCGGCACUCACCUCGAUCUCGGUCUCAAGAAAGAAGGGAUCGAGAAAAAGAGAGGGAACGGCGACAGAAAGGCCUCCCUCAGAUCAAGGCAGAGACUGCAAGUGUUUGUAGUACCACAUUGUGGGUGGGGCAGCUGGACAAAAGGACUACUCAACAAGACGUUGCCAGUCUCCUAGAAGAGUUUGGUCCAAUUGAGUCAAUUAAUAUGAUUCCUCCCAGAGGUUGUGCCUACAUCGUUAUGGUUCAUAGGCAAGAUGCAUACCGUGCCCUGCAGAAACUGAGCCGGGGAAACUAUAAAGUGAACCAGAAAUCCAUAAAGAUUGCCUGGGCCUUAAACAAAGGAAUAAAGGCAGAUUAUAAGCAGUAUUGGGAUGUCGAACUGGGUGUUACUUAUGUCCCGUGGGACAAAGUCAAACCUGAGGAGCUGGAGAGUUUUUGUGAAGGAGGAAUGUUGGACAGUGACACACUUAACCCAGAUUGGAAGGGAAUUCCCAAGAAGCCUGAAAAUGAAGUUGCCCAAAAUGGAGGCGCAGAAGCCCCCCACACGGAGCCUGUGUCACCUGUCCCUAAGCCUCUGCCCGUGCCUGUGCCUCCUAUCCCAGGCCCUGCGCCUAUAACAGUGCCACCCCCACAGGUCCCACCUCAUCAGCCGGGUCCUCCUGUAGUUGGUGCCCUGCAGCCGCCUGCUUUCACACCUCCCUUAGGAAUCCCCCCUCCAGGCUUUGGCCCUGGUGUUCCUCCUCCUCCUCCUCCACCACCAUUUUUGCGCCCAGGAUUCAACCCGAUGCAUUUACCACCAGGCUUUCUUCCUCCUGGACCCCCACCUCCUAUAACCCCACCAGUAUCCAUCCCUCCUCCUCACACUCCACCAAUAAGCAUCCCAAACUUGGUGUCUGGGGCUAGAGGAGACGCCGAGUCUGGUGACAGCGCGAAAAUGUAUGGUUCUGCUGUGCCACCUGCCGCACCCACGAAUCUGCCCACCCCUCCUGUAACCCAGCCUGUCUCACUUCUUGGCAGUCAAGGAGUUGCACCCGGUCCUGUAAUUGGGCUUCAGGCACCGUCUACUGGUCUUCUUGGUGCCAGACCUGGCCUGAUCCCACUGCAGCGCCCCCCCGGGAUGCCACCACCUCACUUGCAGCGGUUUCCUAUGAUGCCACCACGCCCCAUGCCGCCCCACAUGAUGCACAGAGGUCCACCUCCAGGACCAGGGGGCUUUGCCAUGCCCCCACCUCAUGGAAUGAAAGGGCCCUUUCCACCACAUGGCCCCUUUGUUAGGCCUGGUGGAAUGCCAGGGCUUGGGGGCCCAGGACCAGGCCCAGGAGGACCAGAAGACAGAGAUGGAAGGCAGCAGCAACCACAGCAGCAGCAGCAGCAGCCGCCACCACAACAGUCACAGCCACAGCAGCCACCACCAUCACAGCAGCCAGCUCAGCAGCAGCAGCCACAGCAGUUUAGAAAUGAUAACAGGCAGCAGUUCAAUUCAGGUAGAGACCAAGAAAGGUUUGGAAGAAGAUCUUUUGGAAAUAGGGUGGAAAAUGACCGGGAACGGUAUGGGAACCGAAGUGACGAUAGAGAUAAUAGUAACCGUGAACGGAGAGAGUGGGGGAGAAGGAGCCCUGACCGGGAGAGGCACAGAGACUUGGAAGACAGAAACAGACGCUCUAGUGGGCAUCGGGACAGAGACAGGGAUUCCAGAGAUAGAGAGUCUCGUAGAGAGAAGGAAGAAAGCCGAAGGGAUAAGCACGAGCUGACGGCAGACAGGGCGGGCGGUAACAAAGCCAGUGAACCUCCCCUUAGCCAAGUGGGAGACUUAGACACUGUCUCAGAACUUGACAAGGGGGAGGCCAUGGCCACAGUGGUAAAACCUUCCGAAGAGUCACCUGCUGAGGCUACCUCAUCCGUUGAACCCGAGAAGGACUCUGGCUCGGCAGCAGAGGCUCCUCGCUAGAGACUGGAUGUGACAGAGUGUGACAGUGACACUGGGGUGUAGAGCUGAGGUGUACAGAUGCUGUAUAAUAUUUGCUCCUGCUGCACCACCCCACAGUAGUUGGUGGGGAUUGUAAGCAAUUUGAUUGCUUCCCUUCUAUUUAAAAAUAGCCACAAAAUAACAAAAAAUACUGAAGAUAUAUUACCCUUUUUUGCUGUAACUUUUUAAAAGUUUUGACUUUUAAAAGUUUACAAAUCCUAAUUAGAAGUGCUCUCUAUUUUUUUUUUUUUUUUUUAAUUUAAGACAAGGUAACGGUGAAAGCUCCUCAAACAAUAGGGAUGUUUUUAAUAAACUCUAUUUUCGUAACAAA